UGUCUAUCUAAUUAAAUUACUGUCAGCAGUUAACCAAUGGCAGGAGCCGUUUCAUCGGCUGCACAGGCAGCAAGAUCAAAAGUGAGCCUUUUCUGAUUGCUGCAUAGUGUCAAUUGGCCAAUCUCUUCUCCCAGGGAAAAAAAAAAGUAAAUCAAACCUUUGAGAAGCAUUUGCUGGUUGAAGUGCUUUCCGUCUAGUGAGGGGGUCUGUGGAUUUCUAGUUUAUGAUAAAUAGCACUUUAAAAACCAGGGAAGGGAGGGCGAUUGCUCUGGUUCUAGAGCUAUGCAGCUGGAGCACUGUCUUUCUCCUUCUAUCAUGCUCUCCAAGAAAUUUCUCAAUGUGAGCAGCAGUUACCCACAUUCAGGCGGAUCUGAGCUUGUCUUGCAUGAUCAUCCCAUUAUCUCGACCACUGACAACCUGGAGAGAAGUUCACCUUUGAAAAAAAUUACCAGGGGGAUGACGAAUCAGUCAGAUACAGACAAUUUUCCUGACUCCAAGGACUCACCAGGGGACGUCCAGAGAAGUAAACUCUCUCCUGUCUUGGACGGGGUCUCUGAGCUUCGUCACAGUUUCGAUGGAUCUGCUGCAGAUCGCUAUCUCCUCUCUCAGUCCAGCCAGCCCCAGUCCGCUGCCACUGCUCCCAGUACCAUGUUCCCUUACCCCAGCCAGCAUGGACCCGCUCACCCUGCCUUCUCUAUCGGCAGCCCCAGUCGCUACAUGGCACACCACCCCGUGAUCACCAAUGGAGCUUACAACAGUCUCCUGUCCAAUUCUUCGCCACAGGGCUAUCCAGCGGCGGGUUAUCCUUACCCUCAACAGUAUGGGCACUCUUAUCAAGGGGCGCCUUUCUAUCAGUUCUCCUCUACUCAACCCGGACUGGUGCCCGGCAAAGCUCAGGUCUACUUGUGCAACAGACCACUCUGGCUGAAAUUUCAUCGACAUCAAACAGAGAUGAUCAUCACCAAACAAGGAAGGCGCAUGUUUCCUUUUUUAAGUUUUAACAUUUCUGGUCUGGAUCCCACGGCUCAUUACAAUAUUUUUGUGGAUGUAAUUUUGGCGGACCCCAAUCACUGGAGAUUUCAAGGAGGGAAAUGGGUUCCUUGCGGCAAAGCGGACACCAAUGUACAAGGAAACCGGGUCUAUAUGCAUCCCGAUUCCCCCAAUACAGGGGCUCAUUGGAUGCGCCAAGAAAUCUCUUUUGGGAAAUUAAAACUUACUAACAACAAAGGAGCUUCAAACAACAAUGGCCAGAUGGUGGUUUUACAGUCUUUGCACAAGUACCAGCCCCGCUUGCAUGUGGUGGAAGUGAACGAAGAUGGCACAGAGGAUACCAACCAGCCAGGGAGGGUCCAGACUUUCACCUUCCCAGAGACACAGUUCAUAGCAGUCACCGCCUACCAAAACACAGAUAUUACGCAAUUGAAAAUAGAUCACAACCCCUUCGCAAAGGGCUUUCGGGAUAACUAUGACACGAUCUACACGGGCUGUGAUAUGGACCGCCUGACCCCUUCGCCCAACGACUCUCCCCGCUCGCAGAUAGUGCCAGGAGCCCGCUAUGCCAUGGCCGGCUCUUUCCUGCAGGACCAGUUCGUAAGCAACUACGCCAAGGCGCGCUUCCACCCGGGGGCCGGGGCCGGCCCAGGCCCAGGCACAGAUCGCAGCGUGCCGCAUACCAAUGGGCUCCUGUCGCCCCAGCAGGCCGAGGACCCCGGGGCCCCGUCACCCCAGCGCUGGUUUGUCACGCCAGCUAACAACCGUCUGGACUUCGCCGCCUCGGCCUACGACACGGCCACUGACUUCGCAGGAAACGCAGCCACCUUGCUCUCGUAUGCGGCGGCGGGCGUCAAGGCUCUCCCACUUCAGGCUGCAGGUUGCACGGGCCGGCCCCUGGGCUACUACGCUGACCCGUCGGGCUGGGGGGCCCGCAGCCCCCCGCAGUACUGCAGCAAGUCCAGCUCCAUGCUCUCGUGUUGGCCUAACAGCGCAGCGGCGGCCGCCCGCAUGGCCAGCAGCAACCCCUACCUAGGCGAGGAGGCGGAGAGCCUGGCUACGGAGCGCUCCCCUUUGCCCCCGGGCUCCGAGGACUCCAAGCCCAAAGACUUGUCCGACUCCAGCUGGAUCGAAACCCCGUCGUCCAUUAAGUCCAUCGACUCCACUGAUUCUGGGAUUUACGAGCAAGCCAAGCGGAGGCGUAUCUCGCCAUCUGACACGCCGGUGUCCGAGAGCUCCUCUCCCCUCAAGAGCGAAGUGUUGACCCAAAGGGACUGUGAGAAGAACUGCGCCAAGGACAUAGGCUACUACGGAUUCUACUCUCACAGCUAGACUUGCAUCCGGCAGCACCGCCUAGGCCCCGCUACAAGCCCCAAGACUCCCUUUCAUCUCCCCCCAAGGCCAGACCCCGACACAACUUUCUUCUUCCCUUUUCAUCUCCACUCACUACAACCCCACUUUCCUCAUUUUGUGCAUUUUCUUUGGGCCCCUCCAUUGCCGUCUUCAGUGAAUAAAUACAGGUCUCCGAGUGUGUUUUUAACCUUCCCCCCCUCCACCCACAACACUCCCCGCCCCGCCCCCCCCCCCACAACCUCUGCAGUUAGCGCACUGAUCUUCAACUUUAGGUGUAAACCUUUGGCCCCUUUAAAUGUCCCGGCCUUUCUUCCCUUUCAUGAAGUUGUCUUUAUCUAAGUUUCUACCCUACCUUCCCUUCUCUCUUCUCCCCUUCUUUGACCCAGUGCUCGUUUUGUUUAGUUUUGUUUUUCCCUUUCCUUGUAAUGAAAUCCUUAACCUUUGGGAGAUCUGGACAGUCCUUGGUUUUGCCAGGCAAAAGCCAAGCAAUGCUAUAGUAAUGCAGCAAUUCCAAUCCUUUCCACACCUUUCCCCCCAACCCUUACCCUCAUUAAGAAGUAGGACGCCUGACUCUAGAACCUGGAGCCCAUACAGCGCUUCCUUCCUUAUCCAUGAAUGGAUGGAUGGAUGGUAGGGAUGUUAAUAAUUUUAGUGGAACAAAGCCUGUGAAAUGUCUGUACAUAGUGUUAAUUUAUUGUAACGAAUGGCUAGUUUUUAUUCUUAUUGUGAAGGCACAAAACCAGUUCAUGCUUAACUCCAUUUAUCUAUCUAUUUAUUUAUUUAUUUUCCUUGAGAGAUGGUUAACUAUAUUCUAGAGGCUCUGGUAAUGUAUAAUGGCCAGCAGCUGUGGCAAUGAGUAAUGGGUUUCUCACUUCUCUGCAAUCCCUCGCAUGGAAUAAUUUACUCUGUGCCCUAAGUGCACACAGCUAAGGAGUACCUACCCACCCUAACUCCUAUAAAGAAUGGGAAUCUGUUUUAUAGGAAAGUUAAUUAAAUGGCAUGAUGCCUCCAAAAAGCAAAGUUAACUGAAUUUGUAAGGUUUUUUUUUUCCACUUCCUAAAUCGAAUAGCUCGACAUCAGCAAUAUUAUUUUGCCUUAUUUGUUUUUCCCAAAGUGCCAAAUCCAUUACUGGUCUGUGCAGGUGCCAAAUAUGCUGACAAACUGUUUCCGAAUUUCUCUUCAGUUUUCUCCCUCUUUAUAUGCUGUAAAUCUUUGUAAUGAAUACUCUAAAACGAUAUAGAUGAUUGAAUUGUUGGUAACUAUAGUGUAGUCCAGUGAAGAUGAAUCGUGUGAGUUGUAUAUUUUACUGCAUUUUAGUUUUGAAAAUGAUUUUUUUCCUCUAACCUAGAAAACAGCUGAAAUCUGACUUCCUUGGAAAAACACUAGCAUUGGUGCGAGUAAGACUGAUUUUUUUUUCCUCUUGUAAGUCUUGUUACAUUUGAUAAGGAACAUUAAUCCCCCUGGAAGUAGAUUAGUAGGAUUUCGAAUGUUGUGUAGCAAACUUAUACAAUUUUUUUUUGGUAUUUUAAAUUAUAACGUGAAAUAUGCAUAAUAAUACACAAUAUUCAAUCUAGAUUCCAGUCCAUGGGGGGGAUUUUCCUAAUAGCAAUUCAGGGUUUAAACGUGUGUAUAUUUUUGACUCUUCUGUAAAUCUAAUGUUGUGAUUUUUAUAUUUGUUAUGUUUUGUCUGUGAACUGAAUAAUUUAUACAAGUACAAGCUCCACUGAGAAAUGUUUUGUUUUUUGCUCGUUUGUAUCGUCUGUGUAUAACAAGUAAAAUAAAUCUGCUAAAACUUUAA